AUCAACAGCAGCAGCAGUGGUGGUAACCAACAGAGAGGAAGCAGAGAGGGGGGAGAGCCACAUCCUGCACACACCAAACAUGGCUUUCCCUAAACUGUGAGGGAUUUUGGUGUUAGAGUCACCUCUCUAGGCUCCUGGAUUUAAAACAGAAGGCUCUUGUGCUUUGACAACCGAAGACAGCAGCUCCAAAUGAGUGUCCCUGCAGCGACGACACAGAAAUCAGACAGCAACAGUGAGAUGCAGUCGGCUGCAGUCGCUCCCUCCUUCAUGCCCAGCCAACAGUCGGGGAAAAUACCGGGCAGGAAGAGGGGGAGACCCCCCCUCCGCAAUGUUCCCAAGGUGGAUUUUCCAAACCGUUACCCUGAGUCGCUCCCUCCCCUCAAAGUGCCAAAGAAGAGGGGGAGAAAGCCGGGCUUCAAGCUCAAACCCAGGAUGGUGAUGACACCACUGGCGAUUUCUCCACCCAGCAGCACCCCUGAACCCGACAUGAGCUCCAUCCCUCAGGACGCAGCCACAAUCCCCCACUCAGCCACGCCCCAGGUGUUAACAGUCUGUAUCUACAUCAACAAACAGGCUAACACAGGCCCAAACCUGGACAGGAAGAAGAUCCAACAACUGCCGGAUCACUUUGGACCCGACCGGCCCUCGGUGGUUCUGCAGCAGGCUGUUCAAGGCUGCAUCGACAGUGCCUUCCAGCAGAAGACUGUCUUCACCCUCCUCACACAAGGCUACGGGGGAGAAAAAAUAUCAGCCACAUUUGAUGGGAAGCAGCACCUUCUCAGCCUCCCUGUGGUGAACAGCAUCGACUAUGUGCUUCGCUUUCUGAAGAAGCUGUGCCGCAGCUUACACUGUGAAAACCUGUUCAGCGAUCAGCCCAUUACCCAGCACAGCGGUGCUUCCUACCACUCAGAUGCUGAGACUUCAAUGGCUGAGGACUAUCAUUUAGACCAUUCAGAUGGAAAACGCUACUCAUUGGAUCCAGGUGACACUGCUUUCAGCUCCAUAAGUUCCUCGUACUUGCCAAAGUCAUCCUAUGGGUUCCGGUCAUCGCAGCAGUUCUCCAACAGCUCUGCCUCUGUGAACAUGUGCAGGCAGUUGUCCACCAGCCCAAACACAUUCCCAGAAAGCAACAGGACAGGAGGCUAUAGUGCAUCGUCAGAGUCCCAGGAGUCCAAGGCUGCAGCCAAUAAAGACCCAUCCACCUGGUCUGUGGAGGAUGUGGUGUGGUUCAUCAGGGAUGCAGAUCCCCAAGCCCUCGGCCCUCAUGCAGAUGUCUUUAGGAAGCACGAAAUCGAUGGAAACGCCUUGUUACUGCUGAAGAGCGAUAUGAUCAUGAAGUACCUUGGCCUGAAGCUGGGGCCAGCCUUGAAGCUUUGCUACCACAUCGACAAACUAAAGCAAACUAAGUUCUGACCACCUCUGAUGACAUUUUGUUUCCAUUUAUAGGGUUGAAUGCAGUACAUCCUGCAGAAGAUUUCAUGAUGUCAUGUAGUGAUAAUCAUAAAUUCAAGAUAAGCCAGAGUGACGAAAACGUUACCCAUUGUGUCCUACUGUAUUGGAGCAGCACAUCUGUCCGCUGCAUGCAGUUAUCAUUAUAUAUACUCCUCAUUAGACAAGAAAUGUAUAACAAAAAAUAGGUGAUGUACUUUAAAACUACUCCCACAGUGUCAAAUCACUCUAUAGGACUUACUUACUAAUCUGAAAACAUAUCUAUGUCUGUACUGAAACAGUGCAUUCAAUUAAUACUGUAUUGUUUUUUUUGGAUGGAGAGAUUUAGAAAAUCAUUUUGAUACUAUUUUUUCACAUUACUGUGUAACAAAAAAGUAAUGUUCUCAUUGGAUUAGCCAUGCUUUUUUAUUAUAAUUUUAAUAUUUAAAAAACCUAUAAACUAAAUACAACAAUAAUAUUGACAGACAGAAGGUAGCUCUCUUUGUAAUAUAUGUUAAGACAAAUGACAAUAUUGUGAACACGAUAUUCUAUUUAUGUUUCAAUAUGCAAGGUUGUUAAAUGCCAAUUAUGUCCCUAGGUUCUCCAUUGAUCCAUUUUUCUAAGGCUUUCUAUGUUUUUAUCCAUCGUCAGUGUUGAAAUGGAAGUUGUUGAAAACACCACCAACUUCAGUGUUACGCAGAGGAAACCUAAAAUGGUCGUGUAAAUGGGUAUAUAAUAGAGUAUUGCUUUUGUAUACCACUUUUGGUGUACAAUUUGCAUCCUUUUUUAAAGUCAAUUAACCUUUGUAAGUGAAUGCUGCUGUAAAGAUAUUACAUGUAAGCCAUGCCUAGUGAGAUCAAGGGAAAGUGUUUUAUUUCAAAAAUCACUAUGAAUAAGAGUUUUAGAGAAACCUGAGUGGUUCAGAAUACUCUAUGCUGGUGCUAAAGUUAUCUAUGUAUUCAACUGUUUGCUUUUGUGUCUGUGAGAUGUAAAGGAAAUCUUAUGUGUAUACUGUGCUGUACGUAAGUAUUAAAUGAAGAAAUAAUCAGA